UUCUCCCAGCCUCUGGCCAGCUUCGGGUCAGGCCUAACUUGUUUUCGGUAGCAGCGGGACGGGUGGCGUUUGGCCGAAUCGGUGGUCAUGGAGAUCGGCACCGAGAUCAGUCGCAAGAUCCGGAGUGCUAUAAAGGGAAAGCUACAGGAACUGGGAGCAUAUGUUGAUGAAGAGCUCCCUGAUUAUAUCAUGGUCAUGGUAGCCAACAAGAAGAGUCAGGAACAGAUGACAGAAGAUCUCUCCCUCUUUCUAGGAAACAACACUGUGAGAUUUACCGUAUGGCUUCAUGGUGUAUUAGAUAAGCUUCGGUCUGUUACCACAGAGCCUACCAGUCUAAAAUCUCCUGAAUCAAACAUCUUUGAGACCAAUUUGCCUUCUGGCAAAAGCACAUCAAGUGUAAGUGAGGAAAGAAGAGGGGAAGAAAUCCUACAUCCUCUUACAGUCUCAAGUUCUCGUCCAGAAAGGACUGAUUCCAGAGUUUCAACUAGCUCUCAGGAACAAAGAGCCUUUGACACCCGGCAGCCCUGCCAAGAUGAUUCCCCAUCCCUCUUGAUGUCCACGGUGAAACCGCUCAGGGAGCUCUCCCCAUUGGAAGCUGUGAUCGACAUUAAGCCUGAGCCAGAUGAUCUCAUCGAUGAAGACCUCAAUUUUGUGCAGGAGAAUCGGUUGCCCCGGAAGAAGCCUCUGGUAACAGUGACAUAUGGCUCUUCUCGCCCAUCUGCUGAAAUCUAUCGCCCACCAGCCAGUCGAAAUGCUGAAGGCAACAUACACUUUCAGCGGUUGAUGCAACAAAGCAACCUACAGACUGCCAAGCAGCUUGAGAUGCAGGGAGGCAGGUCACUGGAAACCAUCCAGCUCUGUGAUCCCGACACAUGUGGCAGCUUGGCUGAGAGUUACAGGCCCACUUCCAAAGGGAACGCUGAUAAAAUUAGCAGUGAGGAAGAAAGUUUGAGGAAGAGGAAACUCCCAAUUAUAAGCUCAGUAGUCAAAGUGAAACGGUUUAGUAAUGAUGGAGAGGAGGAGGAAGAGGAGGAAGACUAUGGACUGCGACUGGGAGGCAUCUCCAGCAGUGUCUCUGUGCCUGCCAAACCUGAAAGAAGACCUUCAUUGCCUCCUUCCAAGCAGGCCAAUAAGAAUUUGAUAUUGAAAGCUAUUUCUGAAGCUCAGGAAUCAGUUACAAAGACAACUAAUUAUGCAGCAGUCCCACCAAAGCAGACAGUUCCUGUGGCUCCCAGAACACGGACCUCCCAUGAGGAAGCCCUUCUGGAAGCAAUGCAUGGCCAGAACCAACUGUCCAGGGUGAACUCCCAGGCACAGGAAGAAGAACCAAGGGAACAAACGCUGGGGAGAGUUUCAGGAACCCAGCAAAGGCAGCUUUUUUCCCGUCUCCAGAUUGAUCCAAGCAUUGAGGAGCCAUUGCAAAAGCCACAAGAUUAUUAUGACUUGGAGUCAGUGGUUCACACAGACACCAGAUCCUUCAUCCUAAAGAAGCCCAAGCUAUCCGAGGAAGUUAUGGUGCCCCAGAACCUGGAAGUGGGGAACAGGACCACAGAAGCCUUGCAGGUUCUUUCAGGACGGCUGAUUCAGACAAGAGAGCAGCUUGUGCAGCCGGAGAAGCCUGCUAGUCCCAAGUUUAUAGUCACUUUGGAUGGAGUCCCCAGCCCUCCGGGGUAUUUGUCUGAUCAAGAAGAGGAGGAGCUGAGCCUUAUGGAAGGAGUAAGGCCAGUUCCCUCCAAAGCAACAGGCAGCAAAGGAUUAAGAAGCCUCCGCAUGCAGCAGAUGCACAUUAUAUCCAGACAGCUGGAAAGCACUGAUGUGGAGAUGGAGAGUGUGAGCAUCCCACACAAAGUAGAGAAAGUACCUGAGCGCUGCAAGUAUUGGCCUGCCUGCAAAAACGGUGAUGAGUGUGCCUUCCAUCAUCCCACGCUGCCAUGCAAGGCCUUUCCCAAUUGCAAAUUUGCUGACAAGUGCUUGUUCAUCCAUCCAAACUGUAAAUAUGAUGCCAAGUGCGCCAAGCCAGACUGCCCAUAUACUCAUGCCAGUCGACGGACCCCACUCCCACCUGCUAAACCAGUUGCUUUCACAGCUCCAGUUCCAGUCCCUCCAGCAUCUUCCACCAGUCAGCUUUGCCGAUUUUUUCCAGCAUGUAAGAAAAUGGAAUGCCCUUUCUACCAUCCCAAACAUUGUAGGUUUAACACCCAGUGCACCAGAGCAGACUGCAGUUUCUACCAUCCCGCUGUUUCUGUACCACCACGUCAUGCCUUGAAAUGGACCCGGACCCAAGCUAGUGAAUAAUUUACAUAAUCUGUUCAUUAAAUUUCACCAUUGUACUACAAUGGAUGUUGGCUGAUGGAACAAGAUGCUGAUGGAAUUACAGAUGCCAGGCUUUGAAUAUAUAUUGUUUCUUAAAGGACGUUGAUUGGAUACUUGAAAUAAGUAAUUUUGAAACUUGUAUAUUUAAUAACUUGUUUUGCAUAUUUUUUACUGUAUAAAGUGUCUGUAGGGAAGACGAUGUUGCUUUAAUCUUAAUUAAAAUGUCAAGGCAAGGAAGUUG